UUUACUUCCAUCAGCCAUGUAUACCCCAGAAAUUGAAAGAUCAAAGCUUUGCUGCCCAGUCCCCCACCCUCUCUUUGCCGUCGCCCUACCACCGCCGCUCCCAUCCUGUCCACCGCGUUUCCGUAGCCAACCCACCUCUCUAUCGGAGGAGCAUCGUCAAAGUUCGUUACCCAGUAGACGCUGAGCCCCAAUUUCCAAGUUGUCUGGAUUUUUCCCUUGAAAAAGGAAAUCUGUUCAUGGCAUUGUUUAGGCAUAGGAAUUGGUGUAAAAUUCUGGUAGAUAAUAUAGAGAUUAAUGAAAUUGGGAGAAGAUGGUAUGCUACAAAUACGAAGGUGGACUGGGAUAAGCUAAGGCCAAUGAUAAAAAAGAGGAUAGAGAAUAGGGCUAGAGGAUAUCCAAUCAAAUCAAUGAUUCCAGUUGCGGAACAAGUCCUUCAAGCUCGAUCUGACCUCAUCCGUGGUGUUUCUGCACUCCUCAAGGUGUUGCCAGUUGUAUCCUGCAAGUACUGUCCGGAAGUACAUGUUGGUGAGUCAGGUCAUCUAAUUCGUACGUGUUGUGGUCACAGACGGUUGAACAAGAAUCAGGAUCAUCAAUGGAUCAGGGCAAGUUUAAAUGAUAUACUUGUCCCGGUGGAAACAUUCCAUCUUGAUAACAUGGUUCAAGAUGUGAUCAGACACGAGCAAAGAUUUGAUUUUGAGCGUGUUCCCGCUAUUGUUGAACUGUGCUAUCAGGCAGGAGUUAUUCCACAUGAUUUGGGUCUUCAAUCUUUGGACUAUUUGUCGAACUCUACAGUAGAUUUUGCUUUGACCGGACCUGAUUCCUUGUCUGCAAGUGACUUAAGAACCAUAGGAAACAGAACAUUAAGGGCAUGGGAAACACUUAGACAUGGUGUGCAGAAGCUCUUGUUAGUCUAUUCAGCAAAGGUCUGCAAAUACUGUUCAGAAGUUCAUGUGGGACCAUCAGGCCAUAAGGCCCGACUCUGUGGAGUAUUCAAGUAUCAGAAUUUUCGAGGGAAUCAUUUCUGGGAGAAGGCAGGCGUAGAUGAUUUGGUGCCACCUAAGAUAGUGUGGUGUCGUCGACCUCAAGACCCUCCAGUACUUUUGCAUGAGGACCGCAAUUACUAUGGACACGCACCUGCUGUAGUGGAUCUCUGCAUGAAGGCUGGUACUGUGCCGCCCGUGAAGUAUCUGUGUAUGAUGAAAGCUCAGGGUUUAAGAGGGCCUUCUCCAGAUAAGGUUUUAGGCUAAAUGUACAUCUUUGACUGCUCUUAGCUUUGCAUUCAUUUGCCACCGUCUAUGCCCUAUGGUUUUUGAUCUCAAGUAGAUUCUGCUAUAACAUGAUCUUACAUAUUCAAAGAAGCUUUUCGGAUGACAAUCUGUUUCAGGUGGUGACAAGUGUAGAUCACUCCUCAAGUCCACAAAAUUUCAAUGGCAAGCUCGCGCAAGUCUCUGGAGAUUAUCAAGUAAAGAAAUUACUUCAUGAAAAUUACUCACACACCCAUAUGGAACCCCUUACAGCUUAGCUUCCAGAUGGAAGAUGGUUGGAAUUGUGUCAUUUGUUACUUGUUAGUGUGGUUUUGUGUAAUGUAUUUAGUUAGAGGUGGUUAUUUGCAUCUCUAAGUAUAAAGUCUUUACCCACAUUGUAAGAUCAAACAUUGGAUGCAAGUAUUUGAUAAAAGGGUUUGGUGUCAUAUGAUGAAAUUUGAAACUAACCAUGCUUCGGUUGGCACCUAAAUUUAAUGUUGCAAGUAUUGAGCUUGUUUGGUUA